AUGUCCAGUAUUGCCUCCAUCCUAUAUAACGCGCUGCUCGGCGGCGGAGACGGCGGCUAUGAAAUACCGAGUCUCCCCCAAAUAAGUCGAGGCACCUUCGCCGGGAUCGUCGUCGCCAUCUCCGGGAAUGUGGUCAUCUCACUGGCAUUAAACUGCCAGAAGCUCGCUCACAAGCGACUUGAGGAGGAACGGACCACCAAGGGGGACGAAUUGCAGAGCAGGACAGCGAGUGGUGAACGGACUCCGCGCAUCUCGCACGACCCAUGCGCUCAUGCCAGUCGAAGUCAUCCUGCUCAUGCAAAUGGCGAGGAACGAAGGCGUACGACGUCUAGCGAGAGCAAGACCCAGGAUACGGGGAACGAGUCUGACUAUCUGAAGUCGAAACUUUGGUGGUUCGGAUUCAUCCUCAUGAACAUUGGCGAGCUGGGGAAUUUCAUCUCUUACGCCUUCGCUCCUGCUUCAGUUGUUGCCCCGUUAGGCACGUUCGCCCUUAUCGCCAACUGCUUUUUCGCGCCGCUCAUGCUCAAAGAGAGAUUUCGGAAGCGAGAUUUCUUGGGCAUCCUGAUCGCUGUUGUCGGCGCUGUGACUGUCGUGCUCUCUACCAACCCGUCUGAUGUUCGCCUAGGUCCUGACGCCCUCGUCCAUGCGAUCACUCAACGUCCAUUCGUCAUCUAUGCUGUUAUCUACAUCGCAGGUGCCACCAUACUCACUAUACUCUCUGAACGCGGAGCGGGAAAACAGUACGUGUAUGUCGACGUUGGAUUGUGUGCAUUGUUUGGUGGCUUCACGGUGCUUGCGACAAAAGCAUUCUCGACAUUGCUCACUCUCGAAGCGUUUGAGAUGUUCACUCAAUGGAUCACAUACCCAGUGCUGCUGGUUUUAAUCAGCACGGGUAUCGGUCAGAUCCGAUACCUUAACCGUGCUCUAAUGCGCUUCGACAGCAAGGUCGUCGUGCCGACCCAAUUUGUCAUGUUCAACAUAUCCGCGAUCGUGGGCUCCGCGAUCCUCUACGGUGACUUCGCGCGGGGCACCUUCCACCAAAUCGUCACCUUCCUCUACGGCUGCGGGGCGACCUUCGUGGGGGUGUUCAUUAUCGCCUGGGCUCCUUCGACCUCACAGGAGCCGGAGGAGGACGAAGAGGGCACGAUAGGCGACGUGCCGCCUUCGGAGGUGGACGGGACUGUCACUGGGUUGAGCUCGAGAUCAGGGAGCGUCGCGCACCGCAACCGAGUAAGGGUUAUUGCCGCGGACGGUUCGUCUGCGACGCCUAUCCUCAGGAACAGGCACAGCGUUGUCAGUAUGUAUGGCCUCUCGCCUGCACAGGUAUGA